UUUUAAAAAAUUUAAAUUAUAUUGAAGUAGUCUUUUAUCAAUUAAAGCUGGGAUGUUUUGCUUUUAAGAAUAUACAAUGAUAGUAUAUCGCGUGACGAUCUUUAUGUUUUAUGUAUACACAUUUCAUGCGGGAAAUGUUCAACGUUGCAGGACUGGUCAAUUUCAAUGUGGUGUUGAUAUGAAAUGUAUUCCUGAUUAUUGGAGAUGUGACAGUGAACGGGAUUGUUUAGAUGGAACUGACGAAAAUGAAUGUCAACAAAUAAGAUCAAGUUGUUUUGACCCCAUAGGUAUCGCCAAUGUAAACGUUAUUCAGAAGAACGACUUUUUGUCCAGUUCCAUACGCCAUGAUAAAGAUUCUAAUCUUUCCUAUAAUCCAUACAACGCUCGAUUGAAUCAAAUAACAACAACCCUGGACGCUGGAGGUUGGUGUGCUGAUAGAAGUAUGAGUGAUACACAUUGGAUACAAGUGAAUCUCGGUGAACCAUACAUAAUUACUAAAGUGGCAAUUCAAAGUGAGUUUUUCCCCAACGAAUUUUGUCUUUUUUAAAAAUUUCGAAAUGUAUUACGGCGAAGAGAAAUUUUUGCUGUUUUUAUAUGUUCUUUCUCUGCUAAGGUCAAUUUGAUUCAAUAUCUUGGAUAACGGAAUUUGAACUGAUGUUCUUCAACUUAAAGGAACAAAAAUGGGAAUACUAUAGGGAUAGUCAUAAUUCUACGGUAAGGUUGUGUUUGUAGAUCGUGUAGUGAUAUCAGUUAAUCCAAAAAUGCAAAUAAGUUGUGAACUGUGACAACCCGCCGCAAGGCCGCAAAUUACUUUAUAAUUUGUCCAGGGCGUGCAUUAUUUUUUCUUGUGGUAAUAACGCUUUUUGACUGUAUUUCGCGUUAUGAACUUUAAGGAGAUCGCGACAAGUUCACAUAAAAGAAAUCACGCAAAUUGUUACACUACUUUUUUAUAAGUAAAUUGUAGCAGAAAUAUUUUACAAAACCUGAACAUCGCUAUAUUAGGUUUCAAAACUGUCUAUUUAAUAAUGGCCGUAUAUUUUGUUAUAUUCCACGGGCAACUAAGAUUACAAUAUUUAAUUAACACAGCAUAGGUGUGUGCACGUGCAAACUAGUACUCGGGUGAGGUGUAGCAUUGGUCAGAUAAUACACUACUCAAAAGACUACUCAAAAAUAUAUUUUAAAAAGCUAUUAUACGAACCUUAACUUGGUAAUUUAUAACUGGUAUUUCGCACAUCAAAACAUUAGUACUGAUAAUCUGAUGAGUAAUUCAAAGUUUUUGCAUAGGAAGAAUAUUUGAACGUCUAAUUUAUUCCAUUUAGAAUUUAGAUGGAAAUGUUGCUCCUGAUGACGUUACCAACAUUAAACUUGAGAAGUUAAUUACUACAGACAGUGUGAAAAUCGUGAUAUUGCAUUACCAUUCAAGACCAUGUUUACGUUUUGAACUAUAUGGCUGCCACGAAGGCGUUAACAUCACAGAGAAAGGGAUUCCUUUGGCAAAUGGGAUAGCCUAAAGUUCCAAUAUACACAUUUUUUGUUGUGUUUUUUUAUGCAUAUAGUUUCAUUGCUUGAUGCUUAACUCUUAGAAACCAAAGCUUAUUCUUACAAAUUCAAAAUUCCUUCCGAAUGUUUGUAAGUAUUGUAAGAAAAACUAUAAUAUGGGAACUUCUUAUAACAGUUUUAAAAUGACAAAAUAUUUUUUAAAUUUGAAAACUGAAAGGUACAUAAGGGAUCUUUUACGAGCAAGCAAGCACGCACAAAACAUACCAAAGUUAGACCCCUCCUCCGCAAAAUAUGCGUUUUCACUAAGACCUUAUUUUACCUGCGUACUUUCAAUGAUACCCCCUUCCCUUGCACUUUCAUUUAUUACUACCGUAUACUCAAUUUUCGUCACAACUUCUAAAUCUAUCCUCAUUUUUACUUGCUUCCGAAAGUCAAAUAAUAUAAAAAAAAUUGUUCGAAACGUUUGGAACUUAACAAACUGCGCCGAGCAACUGCACUUUUACAAAUAAAAGCAGUUUGAAAUUUUGUUUAGCUAAAAAAUACGCACGUGCGUUACCUUGACACCCUGCUCUGUCGCAAUUUGUAACAAUCAUCGCGAUACGUAAUAAAAACGUCGCAAUUUGAAAUACCUAUAGCAACUUGUUAUAAAUUUACUGUCGUAAUUUGUAAUUUUCUUUCGUCAAAAUUUGUAAUAAAACAGCUGUCUAAAUUUGAAACAAAUCUCUGUCUUUAUAAUGAAGCCGAAGAAAUGACCUGUAAUUUCAACAUCAAAGUUUGAAUUCAGCUGCCAUCUUGAGUACUUAUAAGAUCAACUUCGUUUAUUUCUGAAUGAAUAACUUUAGACAGUAUGUUAUCUUUCAUUGGAAAGCGUUGAAAUUAUCAUAAGAACAGAGUUAAGUCAAUCUUUCUUUUUUGGCAAAUCCUAAAAUUUUUUCUUGAUCUUUUUAUGUCGAUCUUAUGUCUGCGGCUUCCAGUUCUAGGGACCACGGAUCGAAUCCCGCUUGCUGCCAGGCAGUAUGUUAUUGAUGAACAAAGUAGUUCUUCUACAAUAUUACUUAAGCAUUUUUGUCUGGAAGUUGUCAGACAAUACAUUCUUAAAAAGUUGAUUCAAUGAAAGUUUACGAUACACAGAAGAUAGUAAAGAAGCUAAUUGCAACGCAUAUUGCGUGAAAAUGAAAACGUUAUUAGCUUAUAAGUUUAUUAUCAACACUAGCCGAGGGACCCGGCUUUAAAACCCCGAGUUAAACCACAAGUAACUGUGUGACCUGGCGUUGAACGCUCGGAGAAGCGCGGUAUAACAACCAUAAGCUGUGUCAUACAUCCGAAUGGAGCAUUUUAGUACAGAUAUACAAUAUGUCUUAAAU